AUGGAGUUUAACAAUAUCAAAUCUUCCGAAAUUAUUUUCAAGGAAAAGCUUUUUGCUUCCGAUUAUUCCGUGAUAUUCCUUGUCAUGGUUCGUGGCCGUAUAUGUGUCAUGAAGGUGCAUCACGGUCGAGGGCCACGACGGUACUACGAGCCAAAAGAUCGUGAGUUGGAUAUCCAUGUGCUUGAGUCCGCCGCCUAUCAACGACUAAAGGAGCGAGGGCUGUGUGGACGUGGAGUCGUCCCUCAUUUCAUUGGAAUGAUGGAGAAGUUCGACCCGCAACCGUUUCAACCUCACCUGAAAAUGUUCCUUCAUGAUAAAUACCUUCCCAGCGCUAUCUUUCUGGAGUACAUACCGAAUCUUGAAAUGAUUCAUCUGCACAACUACUCACAGAAACGAAUGGACAACUUUAUCAAAGGCCUACAGGAGAUUCAUGGGGCAGGAGUACGGCACAGGGAUCCAAAACCUAGGAACAUGAUGGUUGUCAAAGACGAUUCAGAAAGAGUUGUUUGGAUAGAUUUUGAUCGAGCAGAGACCUACAACAUUCCAGUCACUGACGAACAAAAACGGCUUUUGGACGAGGAGGAGGAGAUAGUGCUUGGCUUCCGGGACUGUUUACAAGCCGAUUGUGCAAAAGGGAAACUUGAUGAAGCAUACCUUUUCUACUGCACUUGA